GAAUCUACAAUGCGCAACUCGGGCAACGUCAAAUCUCUCAACAGCUGCUCAUCUGCUGCUGCUAAUGUGUGGACAAUUGUACCAUAGUUCCUUUUCUUUUUUCUGCUAACAGUACUUUAAAAUUUACAUGUCAAGUCUUUAAAAGUGCAACAGGUUAUCCUGUUUAGGUAAAAAUGACCGACAGAUCUGAUAGAAGAUCUUCACUAAGCUCUAAUCUAGACGAACCUCCAAACUCAAGAUUGUUUAUAAUUGGAAGUAAACUUCUCUGUGAAGAUGACUUCCGGAAGGCUUUUGAAGAAUUCGGGAAUAUUGAAGAGAUUUGGUUGGUCAGAGAUCGACAAACUGGAGAGAGCAAAGGUGUUACAUAUAUAAAAUAUUCGAAGACAUCAGAAGCUGCAAGAGCUUUAGAAGCAAUGAAUGGAAAAUGUAUUGGAAAUUUAAAUAGAAGCAUCAGGGUUAUGAUAGCUGCAAGUCGCGAUCAGGGUUCAAAGCGCGACUCAAACGAGGAGGAGAGAACUCUACGCUUGUUUGUGGUUGUUCCCAAAAACAUGACCGAUUCGGAAUUAUACGAUUACUUUAAAACGUUUGGUGACAUCGACUAUGCUACAAUAAUGCGUGAUAAGGAGUCUCACGAAAGCAAAGGUUUCGCAUACGUAAAAUACUUCAAAUUUUCUCACGCUGCUGUCGCUUUCGAAAGAUGUGACAAAAAGUACAAAGCGGUUUUCGCCGAGCCGCGGAAACCCAACAUGAAAAGUGAAGAUAAAUUUUCGAAUUCUUGGAAUUCUCUUAGUAAAAUAAACUCGAGUGCCUUACCAUUGCCUACUGUUAGUAAUCCGAGUGGGUACACAAAACUAAUAGCAAUCGUGAGCCCACAAGUCAAUCAAGAUCAGUUGUGGAAAUUGUUUGAUAUUGUGCCAGGGUUGGAUUAUUGUCAUUUGAGGUUGGAAGGGCGGCCCAAACCCAACAAAGGAGUCGCUUCUGUUGUUUAUAAUAAUUCGCAAUGGGCUGCUUACGCAAAAGAAAAGCUUCAUGGGUUCGAAUAUCCACCCGGGAAUCGUAUUAUAGUGAAACCGGACCAUGAAGGAAUUCAAAAUUUUGAGGGGAGUAGAUCUUCAUCUUCGGAUAGGCAGAAACAUUCCGAUAUAUUUCAAAUAGCUGAAACUAUUGCACAAGCUUCGAAUUUAAUACAAGCCGCUGGACUAUCACCCGACGUUUUACAAGCAAGGUUAGGCUUAAUUCCUUUGUCAAAAGAGAGUGGAAUUAACUGUAGUGUUAAGUUGCCGGAUCCUCAACCCUUAGCUUCCGCAAAUGAGGAAACCGUUUCCAGAUGUUUUAUAGUUUGUACUCCCAACCCACCUCCACCUUCUGUUCUGAAAGAUGUGUUUUCACGUUUUGGAAAUUUAAUUGAUGUUUACAUGUUGAAUAACCGGAAUUGUGGAUUUGCAAAAUACGCAAGUAAAGAAUCCGCAGAAAAUGCAAUAAGGAUUUUGCAUGGGGCUGAAGUUUCUGGGAUACGAAUAAAAGUUUUAAAGGCGGAAGAAAAACAAGAGCAUAAUAGGAAACGACAGCGAGUGGAAGAGAAGCCUUAGAGUUUCGAUAAAUUUGAUUCUGACAUGGACAAGACGGACAUGGAACUCGAACAUUUGACAACAAACUAUACCUAUCGUUUCAGUGACAUGGACUUACAACAUUCGUUUUUAGUCUGUGUUCAUGCUCAUGGUUUACUAAAAACGAAUGUCUGACUUUUUAAUUUUGAAUUUUAUGCUACUUAAAGCAAUUUGAUUUUAUCAAAUCAGGUGUAAUUGAUUUUCUUCUAUCUCCUACCCCACCUUGUAGGUACUUCAUUGAUAUUAAUUUAUAUAAACUUCCUAUUGUAAUUUUUAUCUAUUUUUGUAUGUAUUUUCAUUAGAAUGUAUCUAAUAUAUUUUCAAAUUCGUU